CAUUAAUCUCUUCACACUGCUGAUUCUUCAGCGUUGCCCUGCAGUGAAACUACCAACAGAAAGAGAGAGGGAGGGAGAACAAUUAUUUCUGUCGUGUCCUUUGAAGAAAGAUGUCAAUUCAUCUGAAAGAAGGGAAGUCUCACAUUUUACCUGACUUUCUACAUCUGAAUGACCUGGCAUGUGAAACAGUAGGAGGAAAGGUUUUAUUUUCAACUGAUGACUUUUUUGCUCCUGCAGAAAAUCUUUUAAAGAAACAGAGACCAGUCUCUCACGCAGAUCUUUUCACUGACUGUGGAAAGUGGAGAGAUGGAUGGGAGACCAGAAGGAAACGAAUUGCAGGGCAUGAUUGGUGCAUCAUUCAACUGGGAGUGCCAGGAAUUAUUUAUGGGUUUGAGGCAGACACAUCUUAUCUUGCCGGAAACUGUGCUCCUCGGAUAUCAAUCCAAGCCGCUUAUUUAAAAGAAGAGGAAAUACAAAUACUGCCACCAAGAGGCAACAGGAUAGGAACUGCAGCUUCAGAAGAAGAGUUCAAAGCUGUUGAAGAGAUGAGGUCAAGUGAAUGGGCUUCCUUGGUCCCUAUGUCAGAGGUAAAAUCAGGAAAUCUUGACACUGGCCACAACUAUUUUUUUGUUACUUCAAACCAAAAAUGGACUCAUAUAAGGCUCAACAUAUAUCCAGAUGGUGCAAUUGCACGUUUAAAAGUAUAUGGCACAAUAUCAAGAGACUGGUCACUUUCUGGGCAGAAUGACUUGAGUGAUUUGGUGGCAAUGGUGAAUGGAGGUAUCUGCGUUGGAUAUAGCGAUGCUCAGUUAGGCCAUCCCCAAAAUAUACUGGGAACAGGACGAGCAAAAUCCAUGAAAGAUGGCUGGGAGACAGGAAGAAGUCUGGAAAGACCACCCGUUCUAAAAGCUGAUGACAAAGGAAACCUCAUUUUACCGGGAAGGGAAUGGGCAGUCUUUCGACUGGGGCAUUCGGGUAUAAUAUCACACAUAGAAAUAGACACCAGUCACUUUAAAGGAAACUUCCCAGACACUUGUACACUUGAGGCCUGUAUUUUGAGCGCACAAGAAGAAAAAGACUGCAUAGCACAAAAAUGGACCGUGAAACAGGGCACAAAAUGGAGUGUCUUGCUGCCUACAACAAAGCUCAAGCCCCAUAGAAGACAUUUUUUUGAUGCCACUGCUAUACAAACGCUCAAUGUGUGUACUCAUGUGAGACUGACUAUUGCCCCAGAUGGAGGGAUAAGUAGGCUGCGUCUCUGGGGCUUUCCACGGACUCCCUCGCACAUGAGCAAGUAAAAACCUUCUGAGAAAAAGGCUCCAGCAAAAUUGCACUUUCAUUGAUAUGCAAAAUUAAUACAUUAAUCUGUAUGUAUAUAUUCAUUGAAUAGUACAUGGUUUUCCACAUGAGUGGGUCAAACACAAGAAUUAGUUAUAGAUGUGCAACAACACCCUAUUUCUCUAUCUGAAUGAAUAAAAUACAUUUUGCAAAUA